GGGACACUACUCCGUAGGGACAAAACAAAAGCGAUAGCAUCUAAACAAAAACCGAUGAUGGAACACACACUCUGUUUCUGAAUUCGUUUCUUUCUCUGUGUACCAAUUUGUCUUCGGUUUCUGUUCCUCAAUAUCUUGGUCUCAAAAUCCCUGAUAGUAAAUCAUAUAAUGCUCAAAACCAUACAGAUCUUGGGCUGUUCAUCUGGGUUGGUUAAGCCCCAAACUACUAGAACCACUUGUUGUAGGCUCUCCUUCAUUUCUUCCCUCUCCACCAAACCAUUUUCGUAUUCUUUUUCUUCUUUGAGAGCAACCCAUUUGUUAUUUCCGGAACACUCAGCUCGCCGGACCCGUUUCCGAGCUUUCAGUAUGUCCUCGGCUCAUUCCGGGUCAACCCCAUCUGCCCCUUCUUCUUCUUCACCAACUGUGGUUCAGUCAGUUGGGAAUGCUCGUAAGAUAAAUUUCUGCCAGUGGUGCGGUGGUGCAACAAAGCAUGAGAUACCUGAUGGAGAGGAGAAAGUCAGAGCUAUUUGCACAGUUUGUGAUAGGAUUGCCUAUGAGAACCCAAAAAUGGUCGUGGGAUGUCUGAUUGAGCAUGAUAACAUGGUUCUACUUUGCAAGAGGAACAUUCAACCGUCGUAUGGCCUCUGGACUCUUCCAGCAGGUUACCUAGAAAUUGGGGAAUCAGCUGCCGAAGGAGCAAUCAGGGAGACCUGGGAAGAAGCAUGUGCAGAAGUUGAAGUUGUAUCCCCUUUUGCUCAAUUGGACAUACCUCUUAUCGGCCAGACCUACGUAAUUUUCUUAGCAAGGCUGAAAAAACCCCAGUUUUCACCAGGUCCAGAAUCAUCAGAAUGCCGACUGUUUGCACUUGAUGAUAUACCAUUUGAUUCUCUGUCAUUCUCAUCAAUGUACAUUGAAGAUGUGAAGGCAGGGAAGCUUAAGUUCCACUAUGGAACCAUUAAUAAAAGGCCUGGCACAAGUCCUUCUGACAUUAACGCAUAUACUUUGGAUUAUCAUAUGCAGUCCUGACAAGAUGGUUUCCAAACCCAGCUGGUCUGAUAAAUGGAGUUGAAACUGUAAGCACAUUGGUGGAGUCAGGGGUGUAAUCUAUGUUGAGAAAUGGUAUUCCGUAUCUCCAACUCCAGAAUCUGUUGUAUAGGCAUUUAAUAUUUGUUCUCCUAUUCCUAAUUCUGCAUAGUGCCAACUGAAUCAGCGACAGUUGAUGUGCAUACUUUGAGCAGCUGAAGAGGAUGGUUCUACUUGUUCU